UGGCAGCCUCAGCUCUCUUCUCCCAGGACAUCAUGUCCUCGUUUACUGACUUUGCGCCUCUCCCAAGGCAGCCUCAACCCAGGCAUUUACUCCAGCCUCAUCUCCUCUCUGCCAGGGACACCACCGACAAUCACCUCAACCACUGGUUGUCUCAGCAAUACCACAUGCAACAUCACCAACCCAUGGGCCGAAUCAACACCUCCCUGGCGAGUUCGGCACGACAGCAAGAGGCAACCAUUGAUGACAUGGGUGGUAGUGACUACACUUUUACUACCCAUCCUCCUAACGAUGAUGCCCUUGGUCUUGGGAGCCUUGGUCUCUACAUGUACUCAAACCAAAUGCCGAUGCAACAAAACGUUACUUCUGGUCCCCAUCACUCCCGUUCUGCGUUCUCAAACAAUCAAUGGAACCAAAUGUCGUCUUAUUCUUCGGCCAACGAGCACACCUUGACUGCCCAACCUUACAUGAUGGGCAACUUCUCUCACUCGCAAGAGAGCAUCAACAACACGUUGUCUCCCUACCUCGUAUCAACCUCGCCCUCAACUCACAUGUCCCCAACGGGCUCAGAUCCCUCGCUCUCACCCUUAUAUUCAGCCUCGUCGCGUCUCCCAACCCCCACAACUCCCGGAAGCACCUCGCAGUCAUUUAAGCGUUCGCCGACGAUGACCAAUGAUAUGCUCUUCGUUAUGGACCCCGCACAACCGGAGUCCUCUUCGGGCGCAGAUCGGCCACGGUACACGCACCGCGAACAGCUCGCCCUAUUCCGCGAUGCUUUGAAUCUCCCUAUGGACGGCGCCGGCCCGUUCAUCCCUCAGAUGAUGUACAAGCCGCACACGACGAGCGACCGCAAGCGCUAUGUCGAGGACAUCACGCUCGAGGCGCCGUUGUACUUCUACUCAGAGCACUCGACGCAGUGCGGUAUCCUUCUCAAGGAUGCGCUGCAGUCGCGCACGAAGAAGCUACGCGAUCGCGACAUGGUCGUGUUCGAGGGUCGCGGACCGAGUGUCUCCAUCCGACUCGAGGGGCCUGGGUACCGACAAUGGAGCAGGCAGAUCCCGACCAAGGACUUCCGCAGCCCGCCCGGGCCCAUCACGCUCGCCAAACUCGCGAAGAACGUCGCCAAGUGCGUGCAGCGGUUCAUGCAGGAUCGCAAGUCGCUGCCGAUGGAGGAGGAUUCGGACCAACGGUGGCGCAUCGGCGACGGGCCGGACGACAUCAGGCUCGAGGACCUCGUGCUCGUGAGCAUCCACCACGUCUCGCUGGGCAGCUGGCAGCCGCACUUGAGGUUAGUGCGCCCGCGCAGCAGCAGCAACAACAACAACUUCCAUUCUGCGGGUGUGUCCCGCCAUACGGUCGGUGGCAACGCAGGCACCGGCGCCAGCUCCAGCGCUUCUGCUGGUCCUCCCAGCUUGGUACUACCACCGACCCCCAUCUCGACGACGAACAGCCUGCCGCAGGGCAUGCCCUACGGUCGCCUCUCAUGAC